UGAAUAUUCUAUUGACGGCUGGUCUAUUUGGUUGAACGCACCGUGCGCGAACGUAUAUACAUUAAGCAUUGACCUCAAGGCACGUAUCAACCGCAGCCCACACGGCGCUGCGCCGCAUUGCGUUUUCCCCUUAACGGGAUCAUGUCAUAAUUCCAUGUUCGAAAGAUUAAGCCGAUCUGCCCGACCUCGUCGAACUGUGUCACGACAACAGGUAGUAGAGUCUUCUUUCUCUGGGGGGAAAACUCGGAUGACUAACAUAAAUAGAUAGUCAACUCACCUUGUGCAUUAUAUGGUAUACACCUGUACGAAGAGACGGAUAUACGGCAUGCGAUUUGAAACAACUGGGCUGCUUUUCCCAGCUACAUACAUACACUCACAACGCACAGUAUCUUAUUUCGUUUAAUGGACAGACUCGAUAUAAUGGUGUGCUGUGUGCUGUUGCGACGCAGGUGGCAAUGAUAAUUUAUUCUUCAAGGUUUAUCACGGAGUUGUAAGUAGAUUCACGGAUACAUGGCGAUUUGUUUACAGCAACGUGUUUAAGAGAGGGAAAGAGAAACUAAAACAAAACAAAAAUUUAAAUAUGGAUACCAGUGGUGAGGUGGUGAUGUCCGGAAAGGUGUCGAGCAUAUCGCAGACGCCUCCUUCGUGCCAGACGCCUCCUUCUGAAGCCAGGUCGAGGAAGUCUGUGAGAAUCGAGGAGCCGACCAGACGGCAGAAGUCCAGUUCGGAUUGCAGACGACGGAAGUUGUUUUCUACGGACAAGUCGCCGGACAAGACACCGGAUAAGUCGCCGGACAAGAUGCUGGAUAAGAUGCCGGACGACGGUGGUUGUGGAAUUCUAACCCCCAACAGCAAUGACAUCGCUUACGUGAAACUUCAUAAUAGACUGGCAACAAUAGAAAAGAAAGAAAACGACACACACACUAAGAAACCAGUCGAUACCCAUAUUAAGACCGCGGUGGACUCAAACGAAAAUAACAUGAUCGUUACAAAAGAGAUUCCGUGUUGGCCGUUACGCCGGACACAAAGUAUGGAAAGUCGAGAUAACCCCUUCCUUCCCGGAGGCGAGCUGAGCAAGGAAGCAGACGACCUCCUUAAGAGAGCAACCAUCAUCCGCGACCAGUUCCUGCUGGAGGAGGAGGCGAAGAGGAAGUUCCUGGAGGAGGAGAGGCUGAAGCAGGAGCAGGAGUUCGAGGAGGCGUUACGGGAGAAGGUGUUAAACUCGGUGGUCAAUAGUCCCGACUCGGACGGCGCCCUGCCCACGGCUGACCCCGAGCCAGUGGCCACAGAGGACAGCAUAGCACCGGCGUUGGUGGCGACCACGGCAUCAGAGCCCAGGUUGAAGGAGAACGGAAGCAAACCCCCCGGUGAGGGAGCCUCUCCCGAGUCGGUCAGAGUAGAAAUUCCAAAGGACAGUGAUAAUAAAGAUAAAGGAUCACCCGCUGGUGACAAAAACGUACCAGACAAUGAGGAGACGCAAAAGGACAAAAAGAAACGGAAGUGUUGCACAAUAAUGUAGAAUUAAUUCUUAAUUCAUCUCUGGAUUUCUUUUCUUCAUUUUCAUUACGGAUGGUAUAUAAAAAAAAAGAAAAAAAAAGAAGUAAUAUUAAAAAGUGCAUAAAGAAAAAGAAGCAAGGGAAGCUACUCACAAUAGGAAAACAAAAAUUAUCCAGAGAGCAUGCGUGUGUACUUCCUGAGCGCUCUUUGGCUGUUGCUAUGUGAGAGGUGCUAUUAUCAGCUGCCAGUUAUUUCCGUUGUCAUGCGAAUAUUAUAAUGAUGUAUCAUUUCAUUUGCUGUUCGCUUACGCGGAGAAUAUGUUUUUAAUAGUUUUGUUCGAAUUACAGCUUGGCUAUGUCACCUGAACCGUUGUGUGUUGUUAAUCGUGGUCGGGAGAGAGUGCGAGCAGUAUACCCACGAGAGGUAGCCUAACCCACGGCAUAAUUCCUGAAAGCAGUUAUGUUUUCAUGCAGGAGUAAAGGAAAAAAUAACCCCAUCUAUUGCCUCCUAUUCGACAGUUGUGUGAGCAAGAAAGGAUCAUAAAUUUUCAUUUUGUGGUUUAUUUUCAGAAACUAAGGAUCAAGAAAAGGAAAUUUCGAAAUUUGCGAUUUUUUCGAAGUUGUCUAGUAUGAGAAUAAUUCGUACUCACACGUGUAUCAUGGCAGCAUUUCCUAGAGAGAACUGUUUUUACUCGUACAAUGGAUGCAAAUGGGAUACUUUUGGUUCUCAUGAGGGGUAAAACCACGUGGGAUACUUCUGUGUGAUUAGACCAACUGACGACAUAAUUAUUAAGAUUUAUUUUCUAAUUUGAUUCAGUAUUUAAUUUUUUUUUUUUUUUUUUUUUUUUUUUAAAUAUAAAUAAGCCUUGUUGCUUUUAUAAGUGUGAAGUACUGUGCAUUUAUGUCCAAAAGACUCCAUUAUCCAUUGUGUGUGCUACAAAAGAAGACAUCAACAUUAGAGUUGUAAAAUUAUUAUGAAAUGCAGAGUAAUGCUGAAACAUAAACUGCAUAACAGACGACAUCCGGUUCACAAUACAAUGUCAAGGACGUACCGCUGGACACAUUUCUUGUUGGAAUUACUUUUAAAAUUUAUGUAACAAAAUCAUACCCCAUAUCAACUCAUUCUCGUGAAUACAUGGUUAUUAUGUCAUGUAUAUAUGGAAUGGAAAAUGGAAGUGGGCUUCUGUCGUACAAAUAAAGUCCGCACAAUACU